GACGGCGACUUCUGCAGUGAGGGGCCGGGUUGGAAACCAAGCACACCAUACGAGAUCACGAAAGAAUAUCCUCAACUUCACCCAUAAGUAUUCCACUGGCUCCGAGCCUUUCACCUGGCAAAAUCUCGCGGAUAAUUGAGCCAUAAAUGUCUCAUCGAUUUCUAUACUCACUUCGACCUAUCCACCAGCGACAACUCUCCAGCUUCCGUUUUCGGCCGAACAAACCCAACCGCUUCUCUACUUCAUCUUCCCACUCGCCGCUCUCUGGCCUCACCACAAGAGCGAAACUAUUUUCAGCCAAGCCAACAACAAACAUCCACCACUUCAUCUUCAGACCUCCCCUUCGCACUUGCCAUACCACACCCUGCAAAAUGGCCUCCUCACAGCGCACCUACGACGACGCCCUAUCCCGUCUCGCCCAACUCCAAUCCAACCGCACUAUCGUCAACCUCUUCGGUAGCGACGACAGCAACAAUGACUCCCAAAGCAAGAAGCCUGCCGCCAAAAAGGACCUCAACUCCCUCGCAAUCCCCGAAAUGCUCUCCUGGCUCGCCCGCGCCGGCUACACGCCCUCAUCCCUUGCCGCCACGGGGCUCAAGUGCGUGCACGUAGCGGGAACCAAGGGUAAAGGAUCUGUGUCGGCGCUGGUUUCUUCCAUCAUCUCCCAAUACCCCCCUCCUCCUUCUUUUCAUGACGACGGCGGUGGUGGUGGUGCCCACAUCAUCCAAAAACCUGUCGUGGUGGGAACCUACACAUCGCCGCACGUCCUCUCGGUCCGCGAACGGAUCCAGCUCGACAACGUGCCCGUCUCCCGCGAAAAGUUUGCGCUUUACUUCUUUGAAGUCUGGGACCGGCUGUCGGCCGCCGCCCGAGCGGCUCGGGAUCCGGUUCAGUCCGAGGCAGAGUAUGACGGGCCCGGCACGAAACCGUUUUACUUUCGGUUCUUGACCAUCCUGGCCUUUCACAUCUUUGUCCGCGAGGGGGUCAAGCAAGCGGUGAUUGAGUGUGGGAUUGGCGGGGAAUACGACUCGACGAACUUCUUGAGCCCGCAGUGCGUGACGGCGAGCGUGGUCACGCAGCUGGGAAUUGAUCACGUGGCUAUGUUGGGAAAUACCCUUGAGAAAAUUGCGUGGAAUAAGAGCGGGAUUUUUAGGAAAGGGGUCAAAGGGUUUACGAGGAGGCUGGAUGGGGAAACUCAGAAAGGAGUGAUGGAGGUGUUGAGGAAUAGAGCGCAGGAGAAGGAAGUGGAGAGGCUGGUAGAAGUGGAGGAUGAGCAGGUUGAGAAGUGGAAGGGCGUAGAGGGGGCCAAGUUGGAAGGGCCAUUUCAAAAGUUUAACAUGGCGUUGGCCGUGGCGGCGGCGAGGGAGCACUUGACCAGGGUGGGACACAAAUUCGCGGGGGCUUUUGGGGAGGAAGGCUGGAAAUUGGAUGAUAUCCCGGCUGAGUUUGAGAAGGGUUUGAAGGAGGCUAGCCUUAAGGGCAGGUGCGAGUCUUUUAGAGACCCCAAGGGCACGGAGUGGUUUGUUGAUGGAGCGCAUACGGAGGAUAGCCUGGCGGGUGUUGGACAGUGGUUUUCUGGGAAGGUGAAGGAGGGCGAUGUCAACGUCUUGGUGUUCAACCAGCAGGAUAGGGACCCGGAGGUCUUGUUGAGGGCUCUUCUUGCGGCCGCGCAGAAGCAAAGCGGGACAACGACGCCGGUGUUCACCUACGCGGUGCUCACAAGGAACGAGGAAAAGGCGCCGGUAGAGGGUGAGCCGGAGAGAGAUCUCGCGGUGCAGUUGCAGGGGCAGAAGAUUAUUCAGGAAGCUAGUGCGGAGACCGAGACCUCGGUCUACAACGCAGUAGAGCCGGCCAUGGAACAGGUUCAGAAGAUCGCUGAGCAGGCGCGCAAGGACGGCAAGACGUGUAAUGUCCUUGUAACGGGAAGCUUCCACCUUCUUGGUGGCGUUCUCAAGACAGUUGAGUAUGUUGAAUAUUAAGUCCUGGCUUGCCUGUUUUCCUUUAACCCCCUUGUUCUAUUUUCCUGUACUUUUCCUGUAUUUCCCUGUGUUUUGUAACAAAGAAAAGAUGCUGCGAAGCAAAAUGCCAAAUCCUGUACAUACCAUGUAAAAAAUGGACGGAUAUCUAAAAUAUAAAUGUUGAAAACUGCUGCCG